AUGGUGGGGCCUCAGCUGCCAAACGUGUCGCGAGCAGGGUCUCCGCAAUUCUUUAACGAUUCCCACGACCGAGACGCUCACGACCAAUACAUCUCCUCAUUGCAGCAACGCCAGCAGCAAGCAGACGCUUUUUAUCGCACUCAGCACUAUUCGCGACCUUCUAGCUCUUCCGGAAGUCUCCCUCAGAGCCUUCGUCGAACACCUCGCCCCGAGCCAAGACCAGUCACAAGACGCAGAUCAGGUUCUCUUGAUUCUGCAGUAAGAGCCAAACCUGCUGGUCACCUCACCGAAGAGCCUGCCCCAAACGAGUCGCGACCGCGAGCUGCCUCUGCGAAUCGAGCUCCUACUCCACAUCCUGCCCUUCACAUCUCACGUCGCACCGCUUCUGCCAUCCUCUAUACACUAGAAGAAGCCAUUCGUACUCCCCACCCCUUCACACCCGACCUGGUCGAAGAGAACGCACCAAUGUCGGAUCUACCAGGAGGUGCCGCUGGCUCUGCACGCGCAGCUAAUAAUGGCGCCCGAGCAGCAUCAGGCCCAGUACCUGUACAACAAAGGUCAGGAGCUGCCGGUGUACGAACGCCGCGGGAUAUCAUGAAUGAGCGACAAGCAAGAGAAGCUCGGCGAAGAGAGCAGGAAGACACCGCUCGACAAGCCGAACAAAGAGAGCAACAACAAGCACAAGAUGACGAGACGAGAAGAGCUGCAGAAAGGAGGAUUAUUGCUGCUGGCGUUGCUGCACCUUAUCAACGAGAUACGGGAAGGUCAAGACAGACCGGAGAUGGUGGCUAUGUUAUUGGAGAACAGCCACGACAACAGCCAGGAAGACAAGAGAUUCCUACUACAGGAAGACCGCCCGGGGGUGAUGGAGUGACAGGCUCUCGCACGCGUGCGUCUUCAUUAUCACAGGGGCAGCCUCGAGUAGCUGUACCUCAACAGUCUCCUGCACAAGCCGGCAGCUCGCGAGUGCCAGGCGCUGUGCCACGCCUCCCAACCUCAUCGGCGCCACUGCAACCCCACGCACGCACAUCAUCCGCACCCGCACAGUCGAUACCGAAACCUUCGGUAGACCCAAGCCAGCCUCAGCCUCAGUCGCAAACUCGAACUUCAAAUGUCUCCUCUUUUCCUCACGCAUUCGAGCGGUGGGAGACACUCUCGUCCCACUGGGAAGGGCUGACCUCAUAUUGGAUACGGCGGCUCGAGGCCAAUACCGAAGAAGUUCGGCGCGAACCGCUAGCACAGCAAAUGUCGAGACAAAUCACCGACCUGUCUGCCGCAGGCGCAAACCUUUUUCAUGCUGUUGUGGAGCUGCAACGUCUGCGCGCCUCGUCCGAGCGCAAGUUUCAGCGGUGGUUCUUCGAGACGAGACAAGAACAAGAACGCAUGCAAGAGGUGCAAGCGGAGCUUGAGAGAUCGCUGGCUGCCGAGCGAACUGCAAGGAAAGAUGCAGAGUUACGAGCUGAGAGGGCCGAACGAGAUAAGAAUGUGGAUAGCAAGAAAACUUCAGAGAUAAGGCGGGAGCUACAGAUUUCGGUUGAGGAGGCACGUCGCGCGUGGGAAGAACUGGGCCGACGCGAGCAAGAAGAGCGGGAUCGGACAAUGUCUCUACGCGAGGGACAUCCUACUCUGGUUGGUGGUGUCCAAGUUGUUCCGAUGCAAGCCACCAUGUCACGACAUGGCAGCACCUCACAGCGGCCUUCAACCCAAGAGCGUCUUGCGGAACAAGAUCCACAGAUGCGGCAGCAGUUUUCGUACGAUGAUCAGUCCCCGACAGAUACCGAUCCCUAUGCUUCAGCGGCAGCUCGUGGUGCGACAAGUGCACUUCGUAAUGAACCAGAGGCUCCUGCAAUGGGGCAAAGUGGAUACGCCACUUACCCGUCUGGAAGUACACCAGCCACCUCAUCAUCAACUCACACUAUGAUUCCUACAGAGCAAACGACAGCUCCUCGUACCCAGAUUCCCACGUCUCAAGCUCAGCAACAGCCGUCGCGUGUAGCUGCUCCGCCAGUCUCCGAGCCAUCCACCCCUGAGGCAUUUUAUACGCAUGCCGGUACCUACCUCACUACUACCCAAAGUGGUCAACCGUCUACAUCCCAACAAUCCCAGCCGCAACAAUCGCAGCAGUACCAGCGGCAGACUACAGCCGUUAGCGAGCCUGGUGAUGAUGGUCAAUCAUACGUGCCCUCUGUCGAAGGCGAAUCCGAAAUCUCGGACGAGGAAGAAUACGUCAUAGACGCCGACGGGAACUACGUCCGAGACCAACGCGGCAAUCCUAUCCCGUAUCGACCACCCCGCCGUAGCAUAGACUCGGACGCGGACAGCUACGAUGUCCAAGCUGACCUGGACCGUGAGCGUGAGCUUGCUCAGCGAUAUGGCUCACAACCAAGUCAGCGCUAUCCAGCCACGACGGGUACUGCGGGCCCUCCAGUCUCAAGCGCCGGUGGUACUGGACAACCAGACUACGAGGGCCAGGGAUAUGGACAGGGAAGCUACGAAUGGGCGGGUGUGCAGAGACACCACCAUCCGACGCGACUAAGCGAUGUGUUGGAGGAGGAUGAGAGGAGCCGAACGAGCCCCAGCCGUGGAAGCCAGAGAGGACAGUUUGCCGGCGGUCUCGGUUAAGCUCAGCUCACACAUGGACCAGAGCUAGACAUCAAAACGCGACUACAACAUUAGCGAAAAGAGAGACAGGACCUAUCCCGUGAAAAGCGUAUACACGAGCGCUCGAAUACAUUAGCGAAACAAGCAAGCAAGUCCGAAUUUCUCCCACAGCAUCAAGCGCCUGCAUUUUUCCGUCCUUUUUUUUUCGACGCCUCUUCGCAU